CUCAAAUCUGGAUCGUUUGCAACAGUAUGUCGCGGUACCCAUCGAGCAACUGGGCGCAAAGUUGCCAUCAAAUGCGUUCUACGAAAAGACCUGCCACCGGCCGACGACGCUGCCAUUUACGAUGAAGUGGCAAUUCUUGCAUCUUUGAACCACCCGCAUAUUGUGCCCCUAAUUGACUUUUUUGAUGAAAAGGAUUGUUACUUCAUUGUCAUGGAGCUCAUGAGUGGUGGUGAUCUCUUCGACCGCAUCGGAACCAAAAAAGCAUACUCCGAAGCGGAUGCUCGAGAUCUAAUCGUCAAGAUGCUCAAGGCCGUGUCAUACUGUCAUGCUCGCAAAAUUGCGCAUUGUGAUAUGAAGCCCAAGAACCUUCUACUUAUGUCGGAUGACAACGAUUCCUUCAUCAAACUCGCUGACUUUGGAUUCGCCGCUCGCGUUCAUGAACCAAAAUGUCUUUCGAAGCAAUGCGGGACGCCGUUUUUCGUAUCACCAGAAAUUUUAAUGAGAAAAGGAUACGAUCAGCAGUCGGACAUGUGGAGCGUGGGAUGUAUUGUGUACCUUUUAUUGUCAGGAAAUCUUCCGUUCAUGGGCCGAACCCAAAAAGAACUAUUUCGAAAGAUAGUAUCCGGCAAGUAUGAAUUCGUCAGUGAUGAUUGGAAGGACGUUUCCGAUGACGCCAAGGAUCUCGUCCAAAAGCUUUUGGUAUCGAAUCCGGAUAGUCGAAUUACCGCGAACGAGGCUGUCCGGCACAAAUGGCUAAAGGCUUCCAGGGAUCGUCUCGGACUUAUUAUGCUGCAAGGCACUUCGCAGCGCCUCAAGACUUUCAAUGCUCGUAUGAAGUUACGUUCAGCUAUGAUUGCAGUGGAUUGGAUCAGCAGUUUG